AAAAUGCCAGUGUCAUUUGUUGAGCCUGCUUCAGCAGCAGAGCCUUUAGCCAUUGUUGGCCUUGCAACCCGUUUUCCACAAGAAGCCUAUAACACAGAAAAGCUAUGGCAGUUUUUACUGGCGAAGCGAUGUGCCCAUACACCAAUUCCUGAAGACCGAAUGGGCCCAGGUCAUUACCAUCCUGAUCCUGAACAUGGCGGCACACAUGCUGUCGCAGGCGGUCACUUUCUUGCCGAAGAUCCAGCAUACUUCGACUCUUCCUUCUUUGGAAUCACAAAAGGCGAAGCCAUGUCACUGGAUCCUCAACAACGCGUGGUACUGGAAAAUGUGUACCUUGCUCUUGAAAACAGCGGCUUCACAUUGGAGCAAGUCGCAGGAUCCAAUACUUCGGUUUACGUCUCUGGCUUCAACCACGACCACCUAGCCAUCCUGAACAGCGAUCCAGAGACAACGUUGAGACAUCGCGUUACUGGCCUUACCAACUCAAUGCACAGCAAUCGUGUAUCGUGGUUUUUCGACCUAAAGGGACCAAGUGUGACUAUCGAUACAGCGUGCUCUAGCUCCAUGGCUGCUUUACAUUUUGGUAGCCAGAGCCUACGAACAGGGGAGAGCGAUAUGUCUAUCAUUACUGGAGUAACAAUUCUCAAUUACCCUGGCGACGUUAAUGGCAUGUCGCAUCAAGGCUUCCUCAGUCCCGAUGGUCGAUGUUUCAGUUUCGAUCACCGCGCCAAUGGCUUUGCUCGUGGAGAAGGAGCAGGCACAGUGAUUGUAAAGCGUCUUAGUGAUGCCCUUCGCAAUGGUGAUACUAUCCGCGCAGUCGUUCGUGGCACAGGUAUCAACCAAGACGGCCGCACUCCCGGCCUGACUCUUCCAAGUAGCGACGCACAAGAAAGAUUGAUAAGAACCACAUACGCGUCUGCCGGACUCAACUUUGACGAUACCACAUUAGUAGAAGCACAUGGUACUGGCACGAAACAAGGAGACGCGAUUGAAGCCCGCGGAAUCGCACAGGCAUUCAAAUCAAGGCGAAAAGAUAAACCGCUUUAUCUAGGUUCGGUAAAAGCGAGUGUAGGCCACUUGGAAGGUGCCGCUGGUGUUGCAGGAAUCAUCAAAAGUGUGCUGGCACUAGAGAAUGGUAUCAUUCCGCCGCAAGCCAAUUUCGAAAAGGCAAACCCCAAGAUUCCCUUCGAGAAAUGGAAUCUUUCUAUUGCCGAUAAGGCUGUUCCAUGGCCUACAUCAGGUCUCCGUCGAGUGUCAAUUAACUCUUUCGGUGUAGGAGGAACGAAUGCACAUGCUAUCCUGGAUGAUGCUUACCACUACCUGAGAGAUCAUGAGCUGACUGGAAAUCACCGCACGGCCAUUACGGCACCCUCCAUAGAGAAGAUUGAUUCUCUGAGCCGGGCUGCGGAAGCUCUUAUAGUCCCUUCUGAGCAGCUCAGCGAAACCCCACACUUGAAUGGAGACGCGAGUGCUCUAAAACAGAAUGGGACCCACACACAAUCGAAAACCAACGGCCAUGCUCACGCUGGUAAUGGUGUUGACAAAGGCCAUAGUCUGAGAAGUUGGGUGUCGGCUGAACAUAUACCAAAACCUCCUCAACUCAUUGGACUCUCCGCCUUUGAUGAAGCAGGUGUGUCAAGGAAUGCCGAAACACAGCUUGAUUUCUUCAAGUCCCAUUCUACAUACCCUUCAUCCUUCUUAAACGACUAUUCUCACACUUUGAAUCGGCGUUCUCAGUUCAGCUGGCGCAGUUUUCUCCUUGCUGGAGACACCUCUGAUAUGGUUGAGGCCCUUCCAAACGUUCACACAAAAGCUAUCCGAGCCCGCGGACCCGUAUCUAUCGCCUAUGUCUUCACGGGCCAAGGGGCUCAGUAUGCAGAGAUGAGCCGAGAGCUCUUCGUGUAUCCCAUAUUCCGUGAGAGCAUAACGCAAGCAAGUCAGUUGUUUACAUCUUUGGGCGCAACCUGGUCGCUUCUCGACGAACUGUCCCAAACUAAAGAAAAAAGCAAUGUCAAUGAGCCUUGGUUAUCGCAGCCUGCGUGCACGGCGGUGCAGGUGGCAUUAGUAGAUCUGCUACGGUCAUGGGGCGUGAAGCCAUCAAGAGCUGUAGGACACAGCUCCGGAGAGAUAGCUGCAGCCUACGUUUCCGGAAAGCUGACUCGUGAGUCUGCAUGGCGCGUGGCAUACUACCGAGGAGUAGUAUCUGCGAAACAAAGCGAACAAAAGGGUACAAUGCUAGCUGUCGGGUUGUCCGAACAUGAUGCCCGGCCAUAUGUGGACGCUUUGGCUAAGAAAGGGGUCCUAGUGGUUGCCUGCAGCAACAGUCCGAGAAACUGUACCAUUUCAGGAGAUGAGCAUUUGGUCUCGGAACUGCAUGACUUGCUACAAGAGAAGGAAAUCUUUGUGAGAAAAUUGGCUAUCCAAAAAGCGUACCACUCGCCGCACAUGGAUCAUGUUGCGGAAGAGUAUGCCGCACUUUUGGAUGGUAUAUCACCGGACAAAUCCAUCCCACCGAACACCGUGGAUAUGGUUUCAACGGUGACUGGAACUUUCGUUACUGAAGAACUACUCGAUGCUGAGUACUGGGUCAAAAACCUGGUUUCCCCAGUUCGGUUUUCGGAUGGUUUGACAGCAACAUGUUUCCGUUCCGCACAAAAAGGCCAGGUUUCACUCCGAGUUGACGCUCAGGGUGGCAACCAUUUCGCGGAUAUUGUGUUGGAACUUGGUCCUCAUGGCGCUCUCCAAAGUGCUAUCAAGGAUAUCCUUGCUACCCAGCCCAGUGGAUCCAGUAUAACCUCAUUCCCUGUUUUGAAUCGAUCCAAACCCGGGCCUGAGACGCUGCUGACUGCACUGGGACAUAUCUGGUCUCGUGGAUAUCCAAUUAGCCUUCAAAAGGUUAACGAAAGCACCCAGUCUGAGCCAAAUGCCCUACUGACUGAUAUACCUGGCUACACUUUCAACCACUCUCAACUUCUCUGGUAUGAGAGCCGUCUGAGUCGUAAUUACCGGUUGCGCAAAGCGCCUCGUCAUGACCUCUUCGGUGCGCCUGUACCAGACUGGAACAAAGAGCGCCCUCAAUGGAGAAAUGUCCUUCGACUGAACGAACAGCCCUGGCUGCGUGAUCACAUUGUCACCAAUUCCCAUGUCUAUCCAGGUGUAGGUUACCUCAUCAUGGCCAUCGAAGCAAUCCAGCAAAUUGCCGACGAAGGUCUCGAAAUCACUUCCUUCCGCCUGAGAGACAUUUCGAUCAAACGCGCAAUGAUUGUUCCGGAUAGUAAAGACGGAUUGGAAGUUAUGCUUUCGAUGAACCGAGUAGACGAGUCCAGCAUAACUGUCUCGAACACUUGGCGCCGAUUCCAGAUCUCAUCUUACAAUCCUGCUGGCGAUGACUGGAUUGAGCACUGCACAGGAUACAUCGCUGUGGAAUAUGCUACGACUACUGGCCCUGUUGACAAUGGGCUAGAAGCUCGAGAGGAGUCAGCCAAAAGACGCCGAGAAUUACAAGAUGCCGAGCACAGAUGUCAGGCAACGUUUGAUAUGUUCCGUGCGUAUGAGAAUAUGGCCACAGUAGGACUCCAGUUUGGCCCAUUGUUCCGUAAUGGGUCAGACGCCAGGGGUACUGGUGAUCAAGGCGGAGCAGUCAUCGGGCGAGUAACAGUGCCAGAUAUUGCGGCGUCAAUGCCCAAGCAGCACGCCUCGCCACAUCUGAUACAUCCUGCUACGUUCGACAGCAUGAUUCAUUUUGCUCUUGCCGCUAUCAUGGAUCUCUUCGGUGCUACAAGCCUCGAAAACCCGGCAGUUCCAACUUUCAUCAAAGACGUUUGGCUAUCAGCAGAGCUAAGCCCACUGCCCGGCCACAAGUACAAAGUACAUGGUCGAACUGAGCGAGUUGCUUUUGAGAAGUAUGACAACGACGUACUUGUUUGGGACGAAGCAACCGGUGAUACUAGGAUUUCAGUCACUGGUAUUCGCGCCACACCGCUCGACUCUGCCGAUCAGCGAGCAGCGACUAGCAGAGAGUUGUGUCACGAGGUCAAGUGGCCCGUUUAUCUCGAGACAAUUUCUCAAGCAGACUUAAUUCCAGAAGAACGUCCCGUAGGAUCAGACAGCCUAACAGCCGAAUGGGUACACCGAUUGCAACUAGCCACUCUCUGCCUUGUCCACGACGCGCUGGACGAGUAUAGAAAAGCCCCAAAGACCCUCCAAGGCCAUCUUCAAAACUACUUCAACUGGCUAGAGCAACUAGAACACUGGACCAAAGAAGACAAAAUUUCAUCAGUCCCACGCUCCGACUUCGAAGCCAUUCGCCACAACGACGCCGCCAAAACCAACAUCUACACCCAAAUUCAAGCCUACAAAGCCGAAGGUCGUCUAGCCUACCGAAUGGGCUCAAACAUUGUUUCCGUCCUCCGCGGCGAAACCGACCCCCUCCAACUCAUGUUCGGCCAAGACGACAUCCUCGACCAAGUCUACGCCGACCUCGUGCGCCUUGGAGACCUCCCCGAACUCCUAUCAAAAUACCUGCAUAUCCUCGGUGAAAACCGCACCAACCUACGCAUUCUCGAAGUCGGUGCUGGAACCGGAUCGUCCACUGAAGCUGUGAUCCGGAACUUGGCCCCGGUAUCUGAAGACGGCCGGCUGUUGCAAUCUAGCGUCCUGCAGUACACAUAUACAGAUAUAUCGUCCGCCUUUUUCGACAAAGCGCGCGAAAAAUUCAAGGCGUGGCAGUCGAUUUUCGAAUAUAAAGUUUUGCAUGCGGAGAAGGAUGUUGAGAGUCAGGGGUUCCAGGCUGGAACUUACGACGUUGUUGUGGCACAGAAUGUUAUUCAUGCGACUGAGGAUUUGCAUUCUACGCUGUCGAACUUGAGAAAGCUGCUUAAGCCUGGUGGAAGAAUUGUGAUUCAAGAGGGUAUGAGGCAGGAUUACUUUUGGUCAGCGUUGGCGUUUGGGCAGCUGAGUGGUUGGUGGCUUUCGAAAGAGGAGACGAGGAAGUGGAGUCCGUUUGCUUCGAAAGAGCAGUGGGCGACGCUUCUGAGUGGAGCUGGUUUUGAUGGAGUUGAGCUGGAGUUAAAGGAUGCUCAAAUUGAUGUGUCGCAUACACAGAGCAUUCUUGUGUCGCGUGCUGUUGAGCAGAACGCGGCAUUGGAAGUGCAAAAGGACAAAGCAGUUAUGAUUGUUCCCGAAUCAUUGGACAAGGGUUUGGUCUCAGGGCUGCAGCAGGAGUUGGAGAAGACAUUUCAGAGUGGAAGUAUCUCCAUCGCCUCAAUCCGUGAGCUGAAAGACCAAGAUUUGAGCCAGACUCUAUGUGUCUCACUCUUGGAGCUGGACACCCCUAUUCUCUCAACCCUGGCUUCAGAAGAUUACGAAGGCGUCCGAAAGGUGCUAACAGAAUGCCACGCCCUUCUCUGGGUCACAGGCGACAUGUUAGAAACCCCUGAAAACAGCAUGGCCCUCGGUCUCAUCCGCACCGUGCGAUGGGAACGGGAUCUCGAUGACGCAAACCUCGUUACUCUAUCCAUCGCAACCCCCCGCCCCAACACUGCUAAUCUCAUCGAAUGCAUAAGCAAACUCAUCAACCUCCAAUUCGCUAACUCUGUCCUCAAAGAAGAAAAGCAAGGCGAAUACCUCUUCAAAGCCGGAUCGUACUUCACCAGCCGCCUGCACUCAAGCACUACCGGAAACCACUUCCUUGCCUCCCAAUUCAGCACUCCCCAGCCCAUCCCCACAGCCUGGAAAGACGCUGGCAGGCCAGUCAAACUUUCUUCGGCCUCACCUGGUCAGCUCGAUCGCCUCCAAUGGGUCACCGACCCCGUCUACACCACACCCCUAGACCCCACACACGUCGAGAUCGAAAUCAAAGCCAUGGGCCUCAACUUCCGCGACCUGAUGAUUGCAAUGGGCGAACACAUGGCUUACAGCAUCGGGUGCGAAGCCGCGGGCGUCAUUUCCCGUAUCGGCUCGCAAGUCACUGAUGUCGCAGUCGGAGACCGCGUCACGUACAUCACCGGACUGGAUCAUGUCGGUUGUUUCCACACGUUUGGACGAGUGGACCAGUCGGUUGUGACGAAGAUUCCUGAUUCGAUGGGCUUCAGCGAUGCAGCUGGACUGCCGGCUGUGUAUGUUACGGUGCUUUAUGCGCUGAGAGAUGUGGCGAGGUUGGCGAAGGGGGAGAAGGUGCUGAUUCAUGCUGCGGCAGGAGGUGUGGGACAAGCGGCGAUUAAUUAUGCGAAGAGUGUUGGGGCGGAGAUAUUUGCUACAUGUUCGACGCCUGAGAAGAGAGAUGUGCUCGUGCAAAACUACGGUAUCCCGGAAGAUCACAUUUUCUCGAGUCGAGACUUGAGUUUCGCAAAGGGCAUUCGACGAGUAACUGGCGGGUAUGGAGUCGAUGUUGUGCUCAACUCACUUGCUGGCGAUGCUUUGCGAUGCUCCUGGGAACUUCUCGCACCCUUCGGACGUUUCAUUGAGAUCGGAAAAAAGGACAUUCAAGCCAAUUCCAGGAUCGAACUACAACCUCUUCUGCGAGGCACUUCCAUGACUUGUGUCGACUUAGUUACAAUGAUGAAGUGUCGGCCACAACUAGUCAAGCAGCUUACUGACGACACAGUACGCCUAUGGAGCGAAGGCGUUGUCAAAACCGCAAAACCAACAACAGUCUCGCCGCUUUCGAAACUAGUUGAGGGCUUCCAAACUCUACAGUCUGGACGCGGAACUGGUAAAAUGGUGUUUGUGCCACAUGCUGACGAUAUUGUCCCGAUCGUGCCGGAGCAGCAAACCCCAUUCUACUUCAAGCCAGACGCAACAUACGUCCUGAGCGGUGGACUGGGAGGAUUGGGGCGAAGUAUUGCAAGAUGGAUAGUGAACAGGGGUGCCCGCAACCUAUUGUUCCUAUCGCGCAGUGGCAAGAUCACUCCGGCCGUUGCAGAGAUGGAGAAGCAUCUGGUUGAGCAAAAAUGUCAAGUCCGCAUUGAGAAAUGCGACGUCACUGAUUCAGCCGAUCUUGAGAGAGUUCUGAAGGAAUGCAAGUCUUUGCCACCCAUCAAGGGUGUGAUUCAGGGAGCUAUGCAACUAUCGGAUUCCAUCUUCGAAAAUAUGACCUACGAAAACUACAUGUCCGCCGUAAACCCCAAAGUCCUCGGCUCCUGGAACCUCCACAAGCACCUCCCCAAGGACCUCGACCACUUCGUCCUCCUUUCCUCCGCAACCGGCAUACUCGGAAACCGCGGACAGGCCAACUACGCCGCAGGAAACACCUACCAAGAUGCUCUCGCAGCAUAUCGCCGCUCCCAAGGCCUCGCAGCCUCCACUAUCGACGUCGGCGCCAUACUCUCCGUCGGCUACGUCGCCGAGAACUCCUCGCGCGUUGCAAUCAACAAAGGCGUAAGCGUCGAACUCGAGCAAAUACGCGAAGAAGAACUGCAUGCGAUCCUCGAAUAUAGCAUUGAUCCACGCCAGAAUCCUCCCGCGCAGAUCGUUACUGGUCUGGCUAAUAGAGACAAAUACCAGCACAAGGGAAUGCCGACGCCAUCAUUCAUGAGUUUCCCUCUCUUUGCGCAUCUAAACAGUGAGACCUUGACUGGUGCUGCGUCGUCUGAGAGCACUGAGAUACCCGUGGAAGCUUUGCUUGCUCAAUCGAAAACAUUGGACGAAGCAGCUGAUAUCAUUACAACGGCGGUGAAGGGCAAACUGGCGAGUUUGCUGUCGAUAGCAGCGGCGGAUAUCGAUGAGGACAAGUCGAUUAGUGCGAAUGGUAUUGAUUCGCUAGUGGCUAUAGAGUUCAGGACAUUCCUUGCAAGGGAAGUCAAGGCGGAUGUGCCCAUGUUGGAUGUUAUGGGGACUUCGACGAUCAAGGUGUUGUGCAGGAAGAUUGCUACAUUGAGUCGCGCGGUGGAUGUCAAGCAAGAUGAAAAGGGUGGCGAAUAG